CUGUCUCUCUCUGUAAGGCCACACCCACAUAUAUAAAAUAAUUACUUACUGUCAUCUUUAGGCACACACGCGGCAACCCCCUACCUCCAAAUGUAAAUAAAUACUGAUAUUUCACAGCUCACGCCAACCUGUUUCUGUUCACUACUACAAAUUUCUGAGAUUUUGGGUUUGGUCUCCUGUUGUUGUCAACUUUGUUACAACAAUGAUAAUUAGAGUUCUUAAAAAACAUGCUAUGUAGUUCUAUUUACACUUGAUUUAUGGUGGUGUUGAUGAUCUGCUUUGCAGCUACAAAUUAAAAUUUUAUGCAGUUGUUUCAGAACCCGUUUGGAAUUCUUCUAGUCAUGUAAUGUGUUGUGAUGGAUUUCUUGUGAUUCAUCACCAGUGUUUUUGCAGCUGGAAUAAAUGAUGUCAUGUAAAGUAGAUUUUGUCUUUCUGGUAAUCAAUCAGACUAUGGACUGGAGUUCAAUAAAAUGAAUCUGUUACAGUUACUCACCAAACACCUGUGCAUCCCUUUUCUAUAGAUUUGUUUGAGGAAGGGGCAAGUUGGAAGAGAAAUCAUGUCCCCAGGUAGUUUUUAAGAAUGUCAGGCAAUCAUUAUUUAUCUUCAUUUGUUUAAUAAAGACAGAGUUCUGAAACUGACCCCCACGUUCGUUCUCCAGCUUGCCAGGUAGGUAGGUAUCUAUGUAUGAUCACAUCUCUCUUCCCUAGCUAGCUAAAUCUGAAUCCCAGUUUUGGAUUAAGCUGCCCGAUGACAUGAUGUUAGUUAACCAAUGAUUGAGACGUGCGUGAUGAGCAACUAUCAAAUAGAUUAUGGUUAAUUUGAUAUCAAAUAGAUUAUGGUUAAUUUGAUAUUUAAUAUACGAAGGGCCAACCUCCCAUAGCAUAUGCAUAUUAACUUAGUCUUCUUUGAGUUGGGUAGGUCUCAUUGUAUGUCUGUGUUUUUCUUUUUUUAAGAUAUUACAAGUAGAACAAGGUCGCUCUUGCUCUUGCAUAAAAUAUAUGUAUAUAUAUUAAUGUACUAAUAUAGAAAUAUUCCUUUGUCCAUCUGUGACUUUGUGUGUUUUUUAUUCCUUUCUCUUUGAGUAGUAUAAGUACUACCCCCUUGCCCUGUCUGUUCAUUCCCCAGCUCCAUCCAGCACGUUGAGCUUCUUUUUUGUUUUUUAACAUUUCUUUCUUGGUUUUGGUUUUGCAUUCUUUCAUGGAAACUGUAGGAACAAUUGCUCCUGAAGGGGAAUGGAACAAUUGCUUCAAAGGUGAAGAGGCUGAUUUGAUGGCACAAUUGUUGCUUGGUAACUAUUCACUCCCAACCCAUUUGAGCAAUUCUAACUUUGCAUUCUCCUCUACUUUUUGUCCUUGGAUGGUUGGUGUUGGUGAAACUGCAAAUAAUAGAUGCUCAUCAGGUGAAACUGACACUUACAUCAGUUGCUAUAGUGGAGGGGGCAGCAGCACCUUUUCCCCUUGUCUUUCUCCCCAAUCUCUGCAGACUAAUAACAAUUCCAUUACAUUAAUGGAUAACUGUAAUGUCCUAGUGGAAGAGGACGAUUUCCUUACGGAGGAACUGACUGGAGAUGUUGUUCAAGGGAAAAGCUUUCAGCUUGAGCUUCACAAUGUCAUUCCUGAAACGUUGAAGAAAGAUAAAGGUUGUUGGCCUUUAGAUGUAUCCAAGAAACGAUCACAGAGCCAUCCUCACCCUCGAGAACAGUUUAUGCCAAUGAAAUUACACAAGGCCAAGACAAGUGUAAGUGUAAGAUCCAAGAAAGAUGCAAAGAAUGACGACAAUGACAAUGGCAGAGACCUCAGCAAUACGAAUGUGAGUUGUUUAGAUGAUGAAUCGAAUGAGUUGGCAGCGGGAGUGGGAGUGGGAGUGGGAGGAGUGAGCUCAAAGGGGAAGACAAGAGCAGUUAGGGGUUCAGCUACAGAUUCCCAAAGCCUCUAUGCUCGGAAAAGAAGAGAGCGCAUAAACAAGAGAUUGAAAAUCUUGCAGAACCUCGUACCCAAUGGAACCAAGGUUGAUAUCAGCACAAUGCUUGAAGAAGCCGUCGAGUAUGUCAAGUUUCUGCAACUUCAGAUUAAGCAGUUAUUGAGCUCGGAUGAGCUGUGGAUGUACGCUCCCAUUGCCUACAACGGGAUGGACAUAGGUUUAAACAAAUAAAUCACAUCCAUCACAAUCCUGAGAAUGAGAAAGAGAUUGAUUGAUCUAUUGAUUUCAUGCAAAUGAUAGACAGGCAUUGAUGUACGAUAUAAUUGAGAAGAAAGUAAAUUAUGGAAUUUUGAUAACUUGAUUCAAGAAAGAUGAUAAAUGUACACUAUAUAUGAUACACUCAGCUACAUGAUGGGAUGGACAAAGA